UAAAACUUUAAAGUCCCCCGAGAAGGUUUAUAGCACUCACAUUUCCAAGUACUCUUCUGAUCUGCUGCAUAACAAUGGAAGUGAUUACAAGGAUGGUUGCUGACAGGCCAGUGGUGAUCUUUAGCAGGAGCACUUGUUGCAUGAGCCAUACCAUCAAGACUCUCAUAAGUGGCUUUGGGGCAAAUCCUAAAGUUUACGAGCUGGAUGAAAUUCAGAACGGGCAACAGAUUGAAACGGCACUGCAGCAGAUGGGGUGCAAGCCCAGUGUACCAGCUGUAUUCAUAGGUCAGCAGCUCAUUGGAGGCCCUAAUCAAGUCAUGAGCCUCCAAGUCAAGAACCAGCUUGUCCAAUUACUCAUAAGAGCUGGAGCUAUAUGGAUUUGAAACGUGAAGUAAUUUUCUAUACUCAAGUUCAUUGCCAUGCUGCUAAACAAACUCAAAUAAGUGAUAUGGCUUUGUCUGUGUUUCCUUUUGGUUUUUGUAGUAUAUACAAUGAGUACUAUCACCGUUUAGAUAUUUUUGCAGAGCAUCCUUGUACACCUUUUUUGGGGCUGGGUUGUACUAAAUUUAGGAGGAACUUGUAUUUUAACUUGCUCAUGUAAUAUCCCUUGUCUGUGCUAAAUAAAGGUGCAUCUGCUAUUAUAUGCUGUAUUUAGUGGUUCAAACCUUGGACUUGGCAUUAAGUUCACUAUGUCCUGGGAACAUUAGCACAUUAAAUACAGGAGCAGAAACAGAACAACAAGCUUCAGGUGAGCAGUCCAUGUACCAGUAGCAGGAACUCAAAGUCAGCAAGGUAAACGACUUGAAUUAACAAGGUUGAGUACUUACAUUGUUGAGCUGUCCUGACUUUCUAUUCCGGAGUGUCAAAUAAGCUCUUCAAUUGUAUUAUGCAUUGGUGACCUUUUAAUGGAA